AUGUUUCUGUACAACCUGACCUUACAGGCGCCUAAUGCCAUCAACCAGGCGAUCCUCGGAAACUUUUCAGGAACCAGGCAGCAAGAGCUGAUCGUCUCUCAUGUUUCCAGGAUCGAGCUGCUUAGACCCGAUACCACGACCGGCAAAGUCCACUCUGUCCUCUCGCACGAUGUCUUUGGUGUUAUCCGCUCUCUGGCCUCUUUCCGUCUGACAGGGGCAUCCAAAGAUUACAUUGUGAUCGGAUCAGACUCAGGAAGGAUAGUCAUCUUGGAGUACAACCCCACCAAAAAUGUGUUCGAAAAGGUCCACCAGGAGACGUUUGGCAGGUCAGGAUGUCGCAGGAUCGUCCCUGGACAGUACCUUGCCAUUGAUCCCAAGGGUCGCGCUGUCAUGAUCGGAUCGAUGGAGAAGCAAAAGCUGGUGUACAUUUUGAACAGAGAUAUCGCUGCCAGACUAACGAUCGGAUCACCAUUGGAGGCACACAAAUCCCACACCAUCGUUCACUACUGCACAGGCGUCGACGUUGGAUUUGAGAAUCCGAUCUUUGCCUGCUUGGAAGUAGACUACUCAGAAGCCGACAGGGACCCUACUGGAGAAGCCCUCAAAGAGACAGAAAAGAUGCUGACAUACUAUGAACUGGAUCUUGGGCUGAACCAUGUUGUCAGGAAAUGGAGCGAGGCUGUCGACCGUAAAUCAAACAUGCUGGUUGCAGUUCCCGGCGGCACUGAUGGACCUUCAGGAGUAUUGGUUUGCGCAGAAGACUACAUUACAUAUAAACACAUCGGCUCCGCUACUCUCACAGUCCCUAUACCAAGACGAGAGAACCCAUUGGAGAAUAAGGAGCGCGGAUUGUUGAUCGUGUCAGGAGUAGUGCACAAAAUGAGGAACUCAUUCUUUUUGUUGUUGCAAAGUGAGGAAGGUGAUUUGUACAAGGUCACGGUUGACUAUACCGGGGACGUCGUAAACGAGAUCAAGAUCAAAUACUUUGAUACCGUUUCGGUGGCGUCAGGACUUUGUAUUCUCAAGAGUGGAUUUUUAUUUGUUGCCAGCGAGUUCGGGAACCAUAAUUUCUACCAAUUCGAGAAGCUGGGCGAUGACGAUGACACCCCCGAAUACUCGAGCAAGGAUUUUAUGGAAACCGAUGGAGAACAUUUGAACACCCGAGUGUACUUCAAGCCAAGACCACUGGAGAACUUACUUCUGGUCGAUGAGCUCACUAGCAUGGCACCCUUGACUGACGCCAAGGUUCUUAAUCUUACGGAUGAGGACACGCCUCAAAUUUAUGCUAUGUGCGGACGUGGGCCGAGAUCAACAAUGAGGAUAUUGCGACAUGGACUGGAGGUCACGGAGAUGGCCGUCUCACCCUUGCCAGCCAAUCCAACAGCAGUCUGGACCACUCGCUUGACAGCUGAUGACCCCUACGACCAGUAUAUCAUUGUCUCCUUCUCAAACGCAACAUUGGUUCUGUCUAUUGGUGAAACAGUCGAGGAGGUCAUCGACACUGGAUUCCUGGCAACAACACCCACAAUUGCAGUGCAGCAGCUCGGUCAGGAUGCUCUGCUCCAAAUCUACCCUCAGGGCAUUCGACAUAUCCGCGCCAACAAGCAGGUCACAGAAUGGAGGGCACCUGGAGGCAGGCAGAUUGUUCGUGCUGCCACCAACAGGCAGCAGGUUGUGAUCGCAUUGACAGGAGGAGAGCUCGUGUAUUUCGAGGUCGACGACAGCGGCAACUUGAGCGAAUCGCAUGUGCGGAGGGAAAUGCCUGGUAACGUCACCUGCCUUAGCAUUCAGCCCUUGCCCAAAGGGAGAAAGCGCGUUCGCUUCUUGGCGGUUGGAUGCGACGAUAACACUGUCCGUAUUCUCAGUUUGGACACAUCAUCAUGUUUGGAACCCCUCAGUAUGCAGGCCCUGUCAGCUGUGCCUGAAUCGUUGGUGAUGAUCGACAUGCCGGAUCAAAUCACAGAGGGAUCGUUGACAACACUGUACUUGAACAUUGGUCUUCAAAACGGAGUUUUAUUGCGCACUGUCUUGGACCAGACCACUGGACAGCUCUCCGACACCCGUACUCGCUUCCUGGGCGCCCGUGCAGUCAGACUAUUCGAACUGAACAUGGCAGGAAACCCGGCAGUCUUGGCGCUUUCUAGCAGACCCUGGCUCAGCUAUCAGAUGCAGUCGCGCAUUCACCUGAACCCUCUCUCAUAUGAGGCACUUGAGUUUGCAUCCAGCUUCACAUCGGAGCAGUGUCUGGAGGGAGUUGUCGCCAUUGCAGGAAACGAGCUCAAGAUCUUUACGAUUGAAAAGUUUGGUCAGGUGUUUAACGAAACCGCUGUGCCGUUGACAUACACCCCCCGCCGGUUUGUUGUCAACCCUGUUCACAAAUCGAUCGCCAUUAUCGAAACGGAUCACCAGACGUAUUCUACACUGGAAAAGAAGAAGAGGCUGGCAGAACUUGGAUUUGAACAAGAGGACGAUGAGUUGGAUCCCUCUGUGUUUGGACAUUCCAGGGCCCAACCUGGAAAGUGGGCGUCGCUUGUCAGGAUCCUCAAUCCCAGCACAGGCGAGACGACAUUCAAGCUGGAAUUUGAGCAGAACGAGGCAGCGUUCAGUUUGGCGGUGUUGAACUUUGCUGCGGAUGCAAGCCAGCUGUUUUUGGCCGUCGGUACUGCAGCAGAUUUGACUUUGUCACCCAGGUCUCUGUCGUCAGGAUUUAUUCACAUUUACAAGUUUGUGGAUGAUGGUGCGGCUUUGGAAUUAGUGCACAAGACGCCUGUGGAUGAGGUCCCGCACGCACUUCUUCACUUCCAGGGACGACUAUUGGCAGGAAUCGGCAAGACGCUUCGGAUCUACGACCUUGGCAAGCGGAAGCUGCUCCGGAAAUGCGAGAACCGCAACAUGCCGAACAGCAUUGUGACGCUGCAUAACCAAGGAGGACGAAUCAUCAUUGGGGAUGUGCAGGAAUCAGUACAUUAUGCGUCGUAUAUUGCAGCAGACAACAAGAUUGUGAUCUUUGCGGAUGACAAAUCGCCAAAGUGGAUCUCGUGCUCGACGAUGAUUGAUUACAAUACAGUCGCGGCAGGAGACAAGUUCGGAAACUUUUUCGUGAACCGACUACCUCUGAAGCUGAGCCAGGAGAUUGAUGAGGAUGAGGCAGGAAGCAAGUCAGUCGGAAAGGGCUACCUUCAUGGAGCGGCGCAUAAGGUUGAUUUGGUGGCCCAUUACCAUGUGGGAGAUAUCUUGACAUCGUUAGCGAAGACGAGCUUUGUGGCGGGAGGACGCGAGAUGGUUUUGUAUACGUCGUUCCUGGGAGGCAUUGGAAUUUUUAUCCCGUUUCAGACAAAGGAGGACAUUGACUUUUUCCAGACGCUCGAGAUGCAUAUGCGCAAUGAGAUGCCACCACUAGCAGGGCGCGACCACCUCUCUUACCGCGGCUACCACGUUCCUGUCAAGGGAACGGUGGAUGGAGAUGUCUGCGAGCAAUAUAACUUGCUGUCGGGCGAUAAGAAGAGGAUGAUUGCCGAAGAGCUGGAUAGGACGCCGGCGGAAAUCCAGAAGAAGAUCGAGGACAUGCGCAUCCGUGCCAUCUAA